AUGAGGCGGAAGGAGAAGAGGCUGCUGCAGGUCGCCGGGCUGCUCAUAGCGGCUCUCCUCUUCCUCCCUAACGUCGGGCUGUGGUCUCUGUACCGGGACCGAGUCUUCGACAACUCGCCCGACGCUCUGGACGCUGGACCUCCGGGCGGCAUCCCUCUCGUACAGGUGGUUAACCGGGUGGGGAAGGACGCUCAGGUGGGACGUGAUGGCGUGCAGAGGAAAGACUGGCACAACUAUGAAGCAAUCAAAAGAGACGCCUCUCGAUCCGGUAACGGUGAACAGGGGAAAGCGUUCCCCCUGACGGACGCUGACCGGGUCGACCAGGCCUACAGGGAGAACGGCUUCAACAUUUACGUCAGUGACCGGAUCUCCCUCAACCGCUCCGUCCCAGACAUCCGCCAUCCAAACUGCAAACAGAAGCUGUAUGGAGAGAAGCUGCCCAACACCAGCGUCAUCAUCCCGUUCCAUAAUGAGGGCUGGUCGUCGCUGCUGAGGACCGUCCACAGCGUGCUCAACCGCUCUCCUCCACAGCUCCUCGCAGAGGUCAUCCUGGUCGACGACUUCAGCGACAAAGAGCACCUAAAGGUGGCACUGGAGGAGUACAUGGUGCGGCUGCCGAAGGUUCGCAUCCUGAGGACCAAGAAGAGGGAGGGGCUGAUCAGGACUCGCCUGCUGGGAGCCGGCGCCGCUAAAGGGGAAGUCAUCACCUUCCUGGACUCCCACUGUGAAUCCAACGUCAACUGGCUGCCUCCACUGCUGGACCGAAUCGCCCAGAACAGGAAGACCAUCGUGUGUCCGAUGAUCGACGUGAUCGACCACGACAACUUCGGCUACGAGACGCAGGCGGGGGACGCCAUGCGAGGGGCGUUCGACUGGGAAAUGUACUACAAACGGAUACCCAUCCCUUCGGAGCUGCAGAAGGGUGACCCCAGUGAACCCUUUGAGUCACCAGUGAUGGCAGGUGGACUGUUUGCUGUGGACAGGAAGUGGUUCUGGGAGCUGGGAGGGUAUGACACGGGUCUGGAGAUCUGGGGAGGAGAACAGUACGAGAUCUCCUUCAAGGUGUGGAUGUGCGGUGGUCGGAUGGAGGACAUCCCUUGCUCCAGGGUGGGACACAUCUACAGGAAGUACGUCCCCUACAAAGUUCCUGGUGGGGUCAGCCUGGCCAGGAACCUGAAGCGCGUGGCCGAGGUGUGGAUGGAUGAGUACGCCGAAUACAUCUACCAGCGUCGGCCCGAGUACCGCCACCUGUCGGCGGGAGACAUGGUGGCCCAGAAGGAGCUCAGGAAUCGCCUCAACUGCAGGAACUUCAAGUGGUUCAUGAGCGAGGUGGCCUGGGAUCUGCCCAAACACUACCCGCCGGUUGAGCCUCCUGCUGCUGCCUGGGGAGAGAUUCGUAACGCGGGCAGCAGCAUGUGUAUGGAGAGUAAACACUUUGUAUCAGGGACUCCCAUUCGUCUGGAGAGCUGCGUGAAGGGCCGGGCCGAGGUGAGCUGGAGCCACGGACAGGUGUUCACAUUCGGAUGGAGAGAGGACAUCCGGGUGGGCGACCCCAUGCACACUAAGAAAGUCUGUUUCGACGCCGUCUCGCACAACAGCCCCGUCACCCUGUACGACUGUCACGGCAUGAAGGGCAACCAGCUGUGGCGCUACAGAAAGGAUAAAAGUCUGUAUCACUCCGUCAGUAACAGCUGUAUCGACUGCAGCCCAAACGAGCGGCGGGUCUUCAUGAACACGUGCGACCCCUCCUCCACCACCCAGCAGUGGGUGUUUGAGAAAACCAACGGCACCGUGCUGGAGAACUUCAACCGGGGCGCCAACUGAGGCCCUGCAUCAUCCAUAAAAAAAAACAAAAAACAGACUCCUGACACACGCAGACGUGGAUCUGCUGCUGCUGCUGCUGCUGCUGAUGCUGUAAAAUGGGGUUUUACAUUUACUCUGGUUCCCCCGGUUACCUGGCGCCGAGGUUCUCUUUGGGGCGCUCAGACUGUGGCAGGAUGGGAAUACCGCGGGGGGAAGUUGGUUAAACACAUCAGUUAGAGGACAGUCUGAGUUAAACUCUAGAACUAAAAGGUGAUUUUGUGUGUUAGUUGUGUUUGUUCUUUAACGGCGGGCCUGUCUCACUUCCUGAUUUUGCCGUCGAUUCGGUUAUCUGACAUUCCUCUCCUCUCUUUUCUCAAUCCUUUUGUCUUUUUUCAAAUUUUCUCUAGCUUUAUCUAUUUCCCUCGCACAGUUUUCUCUAUUUCCCCUCUCCGUCUAUCUACCUUUAUCCUCUGUCUCCAUCUCUUUCCCCCCUUCUGUCUCUGCUGGUCCGCCUCUGUCUGCACGUCCGUCUCUAUCUGCCUGCAUGACUGCACCUUUGCCCACCUUCUCUCAAAUCCCCUUAUGUCUCUCCAGCUCUGACAACCUCCCUGGGGGGUGGGGGGGGGGGGGGGCUCCUGCUGAGCCAAAGUCAUCCUGACACCUGGGUGAAGCCAGGCAGAACCACUCUGAAAAUCACCUGGUGAAUUGAUUCUCCUUUACAACCCUCAUCCACCCCUUGUUCCCUCCUUCCCUUGUGUCUCCUACCUCUCCCCCGCCCGCCUUGGCUUGUAGUCUCCCGGUCUGCUCUCCUCCUCUCUGUGGCCGAUGUGGGGCCGAGCUGCUUUGAAUGUUGACAAAGAAAGUGUAACGGAAACCUUUUCUUGCUCCGUAUUCCUCUGCUCUGUGCUUUCCUUGCUGUAUUUGCCGAUGAGUCGUUCGCGGGUUUGUCACUGUGCCACGUUCUGCUUUUAUCCCCCAGAGGCGAGUGCUAUCUAACGCCAGGGUUUGUGCGGGCCAACUCUUGCUGGCUAAGGGCUUGUGUGUUUGUUGUGGUGGUGGUGGUGGUGUCGGUGGUGGGGGCGGGAACUGCUGUCACACCUCUUAGAGUCUCCCCCUUGCUUUCUGCGCGCCCUUUGCUGCUCCCCACCAUCAGUCGCCGGAACGACCCCGUCACAGACUGCCGAGCGCGGGGUCACGUCACUGCGCAAAGCAGCAGGCAGGACUGCAAACGGGACGCCUUUGCCUGGCCGGAUGACUAGCUAUGUGACUGGCAGGCCAGCUGAUUCACAGCAGGGCCGCCCCGAUUGGCCGGCUGCCGAGCUGACACAUCACUUUAGCGUACAGUGUGAGCCGGGAGGAGAGACGAAUGGGAGAAUCACUCGGGAUGGGCUCGCCGAGGUAGCUCUGGGAUUGAGACGAAUGUGGGUUUAAAACGCAUAAAGCACUUGUGUAAUGAUAAACUUGAAUGAAAUCGUUGUGCCUUGUUGGAAGAGGACUAGAUGUGUGUUUUCAGAGUGUGUGUGUGUGUGUGUGCGUGUGUGUGUGUGCGUGUGGGCCAAGAUGUCCACAUCAGAAUAGGGGACAAUUCACUCAAUUCAGGACUUUCCUUGAGAAUCUUUUCCUUGAAUCUCCGUGUGAAUCGUCCUCGACUCUGGUGCAGGACAUCGGAGGCGCCACCGGCUUUGUGACUCUCGUAUGGCGUUCUAAAUGAACACACAUGUAACUGCUGGCUGUGAAUAGAGCUAAAGAUUUUUUUUCCACCAUAUUUUCCUCCUGCCUUGAAAAGUUAACUAUAGCCCUAAGAAGACCUCUGUUCUAUUUUAAUCACGACAUGAUGCUGUUGUUGUUUUUUCCCCACCUGUUCAAUCCAAAGUAUUUUUAUGGGAAAGGGAAUUGUUGUUGUUUACCAACUUUUUUUUUUUUUUUUUAAAUCCUUUUUGCUUUUUCUUUCUGUUUUUUUAAUUCAAUGUUCUUUUAUUGUUCGUUUUGAUCCCGCGCUUCAGCUGAUGAUGAUUUAGUUUCCUGCUCAACGUGAUGUUCUGGUCUGUCGCCUGCACCCAUUCUCUAAUCCGAUUGUGCGGAGCAGAACAAUGUACAGUACGUGCCAUUUCAAUCAUUGUGCUCAGUUAGAUUUUAACAGUCAGGUGUAGACCAAAACAAAAAAGUCAUCCUCAACAUACCUUAGUCAAGGUAAAUCACAAGUUACACUAGCUUGGACGCGUUAGUUUGCUAAAUUAACUAUUGCCUGUGCAGGUUAGAUUGAUCCAGAUGAUAAAAAUGAUGAUUAGUAGGGUGCACAAUCAUGCAAAAGCAAGAAAGAUAAAUUGCCAAACAAAUCUGGAUUGAAGUUGCAUAUUUUAUCAUUAUCAAAUGUCCAUUUUAGGAAAGUUUUUUACAGUUGAUAAACUUUAAUGGCUGCAGUGUAGCUGCUGGAUAGCACUGCUGGCGUUAAACCGGAAGAACAAAUACAAUUGCGUUCGAACCAGAAGUGGAAAAAAUUGGCGGGGCAGCUUGAGGUGAAUAGACUAAUUAUAAAGUUGGCAGCCCGUGCAUCAUGCAUCUACGAUUUGGCCAACAAGUGACUCGCAUAUCAUUUGUUUUUGUUGCAAAAAUCCAUCAGUCACCAUCUGACUCAUUAUGGCCUCUUGUCUUGCUUGAAAAAAACAAAAAAACCUGACUUUGCACUCCUGAUAGAAGAGCAUAGUUUCAAAUUAAGUUCAGGGUUUCUGUGACCUUCUAGCUCCACGCCUGGACGACUUGUCAGAUUGUUAAGAGGUGAGCGCGGGAAUUGCUGCUUCAGACCACUGAGUCACUGCUGUAGCCAGGCUUCCACUACAGGACCAAAUAGGACCAAACCCAUCUGACCUUUUUAACACCCUGAUUCCACUUGUUUCCUACAGUUCUUGUUUUCUUUGCUCAUUUUAAAACCGUGUUAUUCAAAGUCCUGUUUGGAUCAGUAGUGCAAUCCAGGCUGUUCAAUCAUGUGACUCUAUUGUGAAGGACUGUUGUGACUGUUUAAUACGAACACUGUACUUGUGGACAAUGAUGUGUAGAGGGAUGAAUACACAAGGCAACAUUUUGGGCUGAAAUGAGACACUGGUUCAAAUAUAAAGAGUUAUUUUUGUAUCACUGUAAUACGUGUUGAGAGCAUGGGUGUAUAAAGAGAACCGGACACAGCUUUGGAGGCAAGGCCCCGUUCAUUCCUAUCAAAGUUGCUCAGUGGCGCAUGAAGCAAAAAUGUUUGUUUUACGAGUAUAAAAUUCCCACAUCUAUCCUGCAGAACAGUUUGAUAACAUCUGGCUGGCCCUCACACUACAGUGUAGCUACAUUAUUUCACUAUAACCUGAUUCCUGUCAGCUAAUCCUUCGAUAUAAAAAGGAUGGUGGAUUCUUGCAAAUACCAUACUAAGGCCAUGACGAUGAUGUUGAUGUGCGUUAAACCUCUGCCGACAUACUAGCUUUGCUAGUACUUUUUCUAAACUUUGGCAAUUGCAUUGGAAGCAGCUCAACGGAGCAUUUUAGCCUCUAUUGGCUCGCAGUUUUGGCACUCUCAUCGGUCUCGUUUCCAGAAGCAGCAGGCUGCUGUUUUCACCAAAUACAAUCUGAUGAACCGCCUGUAUGCCAAACUGCCCGGUGCCAAAGAGCAGACGGGCAAAAUCAGUGAUUAGCUGGUGAAAACAGUGGAACAUUUAGUAGCCAAAAAAAAGAUAUUUUCAGCCCCAAAGUGGCCAAUAGAUGUACGGCUUUAAACAGUAGCUCAAUAAGUAGUAUUUGUACACAGUAGACUACCUGCCUUUACUGCCUUUGGACAAGUUCAAGUUCACAGCCAACACUCCUGACUUACAGGGUGCAGCCACCUCAUAAUUACUUACAAGUCUCAGCAAGAACCAACAGCGACACCGUCCUGUUCUGUGGGACAGAUCCAGGGGGAUUUGAAGCAAACUGGAUUAUGUCAAAGUGUUUAUGAACGUCUGCGCCAUCACUGUGUCCUACACCAAGUCCAUCUUCUCAGCAACUAUUUACAGGACCGCUCAUUUGAGCUUUAGAAAAGAAAAAAAAUCAAUCAAUUGUCACUGCAGAAAUAGAACCUGUGAUCUCUCUGGUGCCCAAAAUGUUGCUAGCUGUAUCCCUUAAAGUUUGUUAUUUGUGAUUUUUUUUUUAUCAUUAUUAUGUUUUGCUUAUCAGAGUACAUUGUACCUUUCCAUUGCACAUGUAAAGUAUGUUUUUAUUACAUCAAACUGUAAUUUGGGUUGAGUCUUAAUGGUGACAGUUUACAUUCGCUUUAUUCCAGCUUUUAUGUAUUUUAAGUAUCAAAACAACUUAUUACUGUGUAUCAGCUACAUAUAAAUCUCUGUGAUAACCAUUUCAAAUACAUUUCUUUUUGUAUUUAUAUACUUUUCCACACUUUAUGGAAUAAGGCCAAUGUAACUGUGUUGCCAUUUUUUUUUGUGAUUUCAAAAUACUUUCUAUUUAAGUGGUGCAUUUUCAGAUUAAAAUUCGGUGAGCAGUGUAAAGAAAUCUUAUUUUAUAAGCGCAAAGGUUUUUAAUGUCAGCGGCCAGCGUCGGGCCAGUCACACCAUGUUGUGUACAUGUGUGUGAAUUUUGAUUUGUAAGGACGUGUACAUUUUGUAUCUCAUAAAAAAAAAAUAUCCAAUAUUUUUUUCUACUGACAUUGCAACUGUAAAAGUGUAUUUAGAUAUUUAACAAACUGUACAAUUAAACUGGAAUUGUAUGAUAUUUUUGCUGGAAUUGUAAAAUAAAAAAGGUUUCUAUAUUUGGAUGAAAA